UUAAACCUUCUCUCACACAAAAAACUAACCUUACAUUUUCAGCGCCAGAACUUAUUCCAAACCGGGAUAACCUUAUCGCUAUUCCGGAUUCAUAAUUCUCAAAAUUCAAAAAUGUUCUCACUAAGACUCCCUAUCCCGAUCGAGAACACACUAAUAACUCCGCCUCCAAAAUCCAAUAAUAACAACACUUAUAAUUCUUCUCUCUGUGCCCAUUCUUAUUCCUCUUAUUCCCAUAGCCAAACAAACCGGUUUCUAACCGUUAGGAAUGUGGCGCUUCAAAAAAACGGGAACUCAGUCGGGGAUUCGAAAGAUACGAUGAUGCAGCCGUUUCCAGAGGAGCUGAACGCGGAGCCGUUGCCGAGGCACGUGGCAGUGAUAAUGGACGGGAAUGGGCGGUGGGCGAAGAUGAGGAACCUGAUGCCAUCGGCGGGGCACCAGGCUGGGGCGGAGGCGCUGAAGGAGAUGGUGAGGCUGUGUGCUAGUUGGGGGAUUAAGGUCCUGACAGUUUUUGCGUUUUCUACUGAUAACUGGGUUCGCCCUAAGGUGGAGGUGGAUUUCUUGAUGAGCCUGUUCGAAAAAACAAUAAACUCUGAAAUUGAUGUUUUUAUCAGGGAAGGAAUCCGAAUAUCCGUGAUUGGAGAUGCAUCAAAGCUCCCCAGCUCAUUAAUUAGAAUGAUAAAGUAUGCAGAGGAAAGAACAAAAGAAAAUUCAAGACUCCAACUCAUAGUAGCAGUUAGUUAUAGUGGAAAAUACGAUGUGGUCCAAGCAUGCAGGAGUGUGGCAAAAAAAGUCAAAGAUGGCAUUCUAGAUUUGGAAGAAAUCAACGAAGGCAUCAUAGAACAGGAAUUGGAGACUAACUGCACUGAAUUUCCUAACCCUGAUUUGCUAAUAAGAACAAGUGGUGAACUCAGAGUAAGUAAUUUCUUGUUGUGGCAAUUGGCAUACACAGAACUUUACUUCGAUGGAGCACUGUGGCCAGAUUUUGGCAAGGAGGAGUUUGUAGAAGCAUUGAGUUCAUUUCAGCAGAGAAAGAGACGCUUUGGUGGACGCUAAUCAUCAUAAUAACUAUUAAUUUAAUAUCUCUUAAAAUGUAAUAUUAUGUAAAUAAUUAUAAGUAGUCACCUUUGCCUUUACGAUGAAGGUAUUGACUUGAAUAACAAGUAAAUAGAAUUGGCAAUGGAGUAGUAUUUUUAUACUUUAUGAUGAAAUAUGACCCUAAAUUAAUAGAAAAUUAU